ACUCAAUCCUCAACAUCCCCAGGCCUUACUUUCAGAAAUAUAACACAUUGAUCAAAAUGGAAAAGGCAAAGGCAGCAGUUGGUAACUUCCUUUCGAAGGACGGAAAGCACGACACUACUGUCCAUGAAACGGUCAACCCUGCAGUUCAGCACGAGAAAAUCACCCCCACUCGACAAGAGAAUGUGACCACUGCCGUCGACCGCGAGGUUCACCAAGACCACUACCACACCUCCGUCCAACCCAUUCAAGACCGCGAGGUCCUCCCAGAACAACAUAGCCACCAAAUGGCCGGCGUGGAGCACCGCAACGUCAAGCACGGUAACGACCAACACGUGAAAGACCGUCUGGCAGCCGAGCAGGCGCAAUUCAAGAACACCCGCGAAGUCGGUUCCACCCAACACUCAGCAGCAACAAAUGCAAGUGUGGCAGGAGAGCACGUGCACCACCACGUGCACGAAAACAUCCAGCCUGUUGUGCAGAAGGAGACUAUCCAACCCUCCGUCGUCCACACAACCGUCCCUAUUCACGAAGUGCACCAGAACGAGGCCAAGCACCACACUGCCACGUCCCUCCCUGCUGUUACUAUGGAUGAGUUCAAGCGACAAGGCGGACACCUCUCUGGUCGCGAGGAGCGCACUGAUGCUUUCGGUGGCGAGCCACGCUCAGUUGGAGGUACUCUCGGCGGCGCAGGUGCCAAGGGAACUACCUCGUUGACUGAGGACGACUCGACCAGAAAUGGACACCACCACAAUGAGCACCUCGGAAGCAUUGGCGCUACAGGUGCCCGCGCAGGAACUGGUGGCAUUUCUUCCAACUCUCACGAUACGGCCGGCAAGAAGCCAAGCCUGAUGGAUAAAUUGAACCCGAAGAAGGAUGCUGACCGUGAUGGGAAGGCUGGCAUCAUGGACUAGAAGAAUCAUUGAACGUUGGAUCUUGUUUACAUACCUGUACAAAAAGACGUAUUGCAUGGCGCCACGGCAGAAUAAACAUGGCCGUAAAGGGUUCCGUC